UUGGAUCCCCUUCAGGAAGCUCCGCCCGGACAGCACGAUCCUGCCGCCGUCCGAUCUUUCCCCGACCUCACUAUCGCCGUCCGCCUUCACCCCGGCGGCCUCGCCCGCACUCUCCGUCGCGGUCUCCGUCCCCAGCCGCCGGAUCUGUAACCCCUCCGCCGCCAUGUUCUAACAAAUCUGCUGGCCAUUAGAUUGAUAUCAAACGGCUGAUACUACAACCUGGAAGACAAAAAUAAAGCCACGGCCAAAACCCUUUCCUUGCUCCUUCCCUCCCCCUUUCAGUUCUCGAAUGGCGAAGGCGAUGGAAGAGAAGCCGAGUCGUCUUCUGGUGCUCUACGCCUCCCAGACCGGCAACGCCAUGGACGCAGCGGAGCGCGUCGGGAGGGAGGCCGAGCGCGGCGGCUGCCCUUCCGUCACCGUCCUCUCCAUGGACCGCUUCGACGCCAGUCGUUUACGGGAUGAGAAGACGGUGAUUUUUGUCGUGUCGACUACUGGUCAGGGUGAUGCACCGGAUUCCAUGAAGGUGUUCUGGAGGUCUCUUUUGCAGAGAAAUCUCAGCAAUAGGUGGCUGGAAGGUCUUCACUACGCGGUUUUUGGACUGGGUGACUCCGGAUACCAGAAAUACAACUUUACUGCAAAGAAGCUGGAUAAAAGGCUUGCUGAUCUUGGGGCAAAAUCAAUAAUUGAAAAAGGUUUGGGAGAUGACCAGCACCCUUCAGGAUAUGAAGGUGCUUUUGACCCUUGGCUGUCAUCUCUGUGGAACAUGCUGAAUCAAAUGAACCCAACAAUCUUACCAAGAGUUUCAGAUAUUUCGAAUUCUCAUAUGAAAACUUUGGAUCCUUCGAAAUUUCAAGUUAUAUAUCAUAAUGCUGAUGAGGUAGAAGCACAUAUGUCAACCAUCUCAGAUUCGAAGAGUACCGAGAAGAUGAUUGAGAGUGCUCGUUCCAUGUCUCCAGCAUUCUGCUUCUGUGAUGAUAAUAAGCCACAUUACUUCUUGCGGAUGAUAACAAAUCAACGUUUGACCAAAGUGGACUAUGAUAGAGAUGUGCGUCAUUUUGAGUUUGAAGCUUUAUCACUUGGUAUGGACUAUCAAGUUGGUGAUAUUGCAGAGAUUCUUCCAAGUCCAGAUCCUAUUGCUGUUGAUGCAUUCAUACAACGUUGUAACCUGAAUCCAGACUGUUACAUCACAGUCCAACCCAGAGAUAAUGAGAAACAAUCUAUUGAUUCACAUGUUAAAAGCCUGACGCAUCCUGUCAAAUUAAAAGACUUCGUGGCACUGACCAUGGAUGUUGCAUCAGCUUCCCCUCGACGGUAUUUCUUUGAGGUCAUGAGCUUUUAUGCAAUGGCAGAACACGAAAAGGAAAGGCUUCAAUAUUUUGCUUCUCCUGAAGGGAGGGAUGAUCUAUAUCAGUAUAAUCAGAAGGAACGAAGAACUGUUUUGGAGGUACUAGAGGAUUUUCCAUCUGUGCAGAUGCCAUUUGAAUGGUUGGUGCAGCUGGUUCCUCCACUAAAAACCAGAGCAUUUUCCAUCUCUUCUUCUCCUUCAGCUCAUCCGAACCAAGUACACUUAACUGUGAGCAUUGUAUCAUGGAUUACUCCUUUCAAAAGGAAGCGACGUGGCCUCUGCUCGUCAUGGCUAGCUGCACUUGAUCCAUAUGAAAGUAAAGGAGUUUAUAUUCCUGCUUGGAUCCAUCGAGGUGCCCUUCCUUCCCCUCCUCCAUCUCUUCCUCUCAUUCUCAUUGGACCAGGAACGGGUUGUGCACCUUUCCAUGCAUUUGUGGAGGAACGGGCAAUGCAAAAUGUGACUGUGUCAACAUCUCCAGUCAUCUUCUUCUUUGGUUGUAGGAAUCAGGAAAAUGAUUUUCUAUACAAUAAUUUCUGGUUAUCUCAUGCACAAGAUCAUGGGGUGCUGUCGAAGGAGAAGGGUGGAGGGUUCUUUGUUGCCUUCUCUAGAGAUCAGCCCCAAAAGGUCUAUGUGCAGCAUAAGAUGAAGGAAGAGAGAACAAGGAUAUGGAGUUUGUUGAGUGCUGGAGCUGCCAUAUACAUUGCAGGGUCUUCCGUAAAUAUGCCAGCCAAUGUGACAUCAACCCUGGAAGAGAUUAUUUCAGAAGAAAGUGGGAUUUCAAAGGAAUCAGCUGCAAGAUGGCUCAGACAACUAGAGAAGGCUGGUAGGUUCCAUAUCGAGGCAUGGUCAUGAUCAUGGAUAGACUUUUGGUAUUGAUUCUGGAGAAAAAGACCUGCAGGAAGUGCGGUUGUAGUAUAGAAUUAGGGUUCAUUAAUUUAUCGACACUAGUCAGGGAAAAUUCGGACAACAGCUACAAAGUAUCUUGUAUUGCAAAGAUCGUUUUCUUAUGUAGCUUACUGCCUUCUCUAACACAACAUCAUGGAAUAAAGCCACUGGCUCUUUGGUGAAAAUGUCAAAGGAACAUGUUCUUAAAUUGAUAAGGGAUCUGAUGCCUUUUAAGUUUUUGUCGUAAA